AUGCAUAGAUUUCUGCAGGAAACAAUGAAAAAUGAUUUAAUGAUAUUAUUACUAACAAAAGCAACAAAGUAUGUGAAUGUCUCAUCUGCGGCGCAUAUGGAAGGAAAGACAGAGAAGAGUGAUGAUUCUAAAGGCACAAUGAACCUCAGUAUGCUUCAGUAUUGUAAUAGUAAGCGUCGUUUAGAGGAUGAUUCGGUUUCCGGAAAAUAG